UGUCCCCAGGGCCCGGGCCGCGCGCCGGGGGUCCCCGAGGAGGGGAAGCCGGGCCGGCCGGGCGCGGCGAUGGAGGAGCCGCAGCGCGCCCGCUCGCACACCGUCACCACCACCGCCAGCUCCUUCGCCGAGAACUUCUCCACCAGCAGCAGCAGCUUCGCCUACGACCGGGAGUUCCUCCGCACCCUGCCCGGGCUCCUCAUCGUGGCGGAGAUCGAAACUACUAAAGUCUGUGUGGUCCCCCCACUGGGAGUUAGGCAAAAGAGAGAGGAACACUGGUCAGGAGAAGCAGGGGACCCAGCCCAGAAGAGAAGAAGAGAGAAAGAAUCUCCAGGGUGCUGCUGCAGGAGACCCCAGGCUGUCAGCUGUACCCAGGUUCUGGGACUGCUGGUGUGGACACUGAUUGCUGGAACCGAGUACUUCCGGGUCCCUGCGUUUGGCUGGGUCAUGUUCGUAGCUGUAUUUUACUGGGUCCUCACUGUCUUCUUCCUCAUCAUCUACAUAACAAUGACCUACACCAGGAUUCCCCAGGUGCCCUGGACAACAGUGGGUCUGUGCUUUAACGGCAGUGCCUUCAUCUUAUACCUCUCAGCUGCUGUGGUGGAUGCAUCUUCUGUCUCCCCCGAGAGGGACAGCCACAACUUCAACAGCUGGGCAGCCUCAUCAUUCUUCGCCUUCCUGGUCACCAUCUGCUAUGCUGGAAACACAUAUUUCAGUUUUAUAGCUUGGAGAUCCAGGACCAUACAGUGAUUUGCCAUUUUGAGAAUUAAAAGGGAGGAAACAAGAAGAGUCUAACUGUAAAAAAAAAAAAAAAACAAAAACAACAAACAACAACAACUGUAGGUAUAAUGUAUAUUUCCAGAGAAUUGUAUUUAACUAAUGUUUUUAUAUACUUAGUUAAAUUUGUUCACAAUGGUUUGUUACAAUUAAACUGGAUACUUAUUUGCAAAUUGUUGUAGCUUAUAAUGAAUUCUUAAAUACCUUGUUGAUGUCUUCAUAGACCUUAUUUUCUUAGACAAUGUAUAAUAGAGAAAUUGCUAAUAUUAAGACCGUGUCAAUUUUGUAAAUCUAAUUUUUAAAUGUCCGGAUUCUUUUCUGAUUAAAUGUUUCGAAAUCUG